AUGUUUACAAGACUUGCUCGGAAACAAUUAUUCAGGGGGACCCGCCUUUUCACUCGUCCUAUCCGUAUCAAAAGAGGCCCUUCACAUUUCACCAAAUCAUUCCCUAAAGCAAUAAGUUCCUCACGCCUCCAUUAUGAAAUCGAUGUACCCUCGAAACGGGAUCCCACUAGGGAAACAUCAUUGAACGCCGCAGACAAUCUCGAACGGGAGCUCCAAAAGAUUGGUUUCACCAAGUGGGGCUUCGUGAUCUACCGCUGCACAUAUCAAAGUCAAGAAGACUGGGACAAAUUCAUGGACAUGUUCCUCUACACCGUCACAGAUUAUUUUGAAUUCCACAAGGGUCUGGAUAUGCUAGAGAGUUUCUGCCCGAGAGUCUUUGAAGACCCUUCAUUUGAUGGCGCGACCACCGCGCAUCUCCGCACCCAUUUCAGGAAGUGGGUUGAGACUGCCAAGCGGCAGGAACAGGGCAUUGAUACUCUUUACACGUCGGGUCGUUACAUAUUUUUUGUUAUGGUCGACCAAGAGGCGCUCGAGUCUGUCUUGAAUUCGGACCCGGAGGCUAUGAUUACAACUGGAUUCGUUCGUCUGGUGUAUGGAGACUGGGAACCCGAGGCUCAUGAAGAUGGCGAAAAUGAGGAUCUCGAACCCAUAGAGGGUUGCACGCAGGAAGAUGUCGGUUGGAUGAAAAUACCGUACGAUGAGGUGCAGUCGAUCGGAGCCGGAGGGUUGGCAAUGCGUGAUAUGCAUGAUUGGGAUAUGUAUUAUGCUCGCCCUCCAGAAGUGCAGGCCUUGGGUUGA